AUUCAUAAUUCGUUUUCCACGUAGUAGCUGUUAAACGUGUGUAACAAGAACGUAAACAUUGCAAUCUUGCUGACGUAGUCGUAGUCAAGUUAUUCGGAACAGAGCCAGAGAUUAACAAACUACUGCCAAGAAUGGACCAUUUACCAGAAAUUAUCCAAGAACUGAUCAAAAAGAGCAAUGAGGCCAAGAACAAUGCCUUCUGUCCUUACAGUAACUUCCGAGUCGGAGCUGCUCUCUUAACAGACGAUGGAAAGAUUAUUCAAGGAUGCAAUGUAGAGAAUGCCUCGUAUACUCUUGGAAUCUGUGCUGAGCGAUGCGCAAUCUUCAAGGCGGUGUCGGAAGGCUACAGACACUUCAAGGCUUUAGCCAUCUCAACAGAUGUUGAGCAGCUAUAUUCAACACCUUGCGGAGCAUGCAGGCAGAUCAUGUAUGAGUUUGGCUCAGACAUGGACGUCUAUAUGACCCGACCUGAUCUCACCUACAUGAAGAAAACCCCCAGAGACAUUCUGAUUCACCCCUUUGGUCCCGAGGAACUCCGGAUGCUGAAGGUCGGAAAGAUACCAGACAUGGAUGGUGACAUCAGUGGUGGUCCUAACGGUGACCUCAACGACAACAAAAUGGGGGAGAUGGUGGAUGGUAGUGGCGACACCCCACCUCUCAAGAAACUCAAAGAGGACACGGCUAUUCCGACCCAGUGAAAAUCUUCCAGACAAUCCCACAUGGCUGAACAAACCUAGUCUAGCAAUCAUUUCUGUAGGAAGGCCAUCUGCCAUGCAGGCUCGGUGAAAAUCUUCCAGACAAUCCCACAUGGCUCAACAAAUCUAGUGGUAGCAAUCACCUGUGUAGAAAGAUGAUCUGCUAUUCAUACUCGGUGAUAAUCUUCCAGUCAUUCCUGCAAAGCCCAAGAAACCCACUUUACGCAAGCACCUGUCAAGAAAGACCACCUGUCGUAAAGACCUUACAUCGUGGUCUUUGUAGUCAGGCUUCAUGCUUCUGGAACAAUUCCUCUGGUUUUCUCUCUGUUCAAAAAGUGCUCCUCCAAAGAGUUUUCUUUCGGGGGCACUGUCAUUUCGAGAAGCUUUUCAGCUGGUAAUCAAAUCCAGAUUGUUAAAAAUGCCUAAGAGCUCUAAAAGAAGGAUCUAGAUCAAACCAUUAUAAUAAUAUCAGAAAGUCCAGAAUGGUUGUAUGCUUCCUGAACAAAUCCUCUGUUUUCCUCUCUUUUAAAAAACUGCUCCUCCAAAGUGUUGUCUUCCGGGGGCACUGUCAUUUCAAGAAGCUUUUCAGCUGGUAAUCAAAUCCAGAUUCUUUAACCCUAAUUCUCCAGGGGGGGGGGCCAUUAUGGCCCCCCUCGACAAUUUUCGCGAUAUAUCUGCUGCGCAUAAUUUUUUGACCUCGCCGCUCACUGCGCAAAUUUUGAGACCAAAUUUGUGACGCCCGGGUACGCGGUUACGACAUUACGCAACAUUAUGUAAGUGCAUGUCAGACCCAAAAUUGCUCAUAAACGUGAUUUCAUGUACAAAUCCAAUGCAAAUUGUGUAUUUGGCCAAAAUUCAUAAAUGUAUCAUUAUUUCUACUUUUAAUGAUUAAACUUAAUUAAUUUUGCCUUUUUUAUGAUCAGAAUUAAGUCUGGAACGAUUUCCAUCGAAAAAACAAUAAAAAACAAAAAGUAAAAAAACAAAGAAAUACAUAAGAAAAUUCAAAAACAAUAAAAUACAUAAGAAAUCGGUCUUGGUACCAACAUUUUUUUCAUUCACAAUUGUUAGGAAUGCUAUAAAAAAUAUUUUCACCAAAAAAUAGCAUUCUAGGAGCUUUAUUUAGUGAAUCAGAGCAAAAAGUAUGAUUUCAUGAUUAAUUAGCAUAAUUAAUUCAUAUAAAAUAAAAAUAUAUGAAUUCAGUGAAAUUUACCAAUGCAACUGCGUAGAUUACGUCAUUCUCUACCAUCAUGCAAAUUUUUGUUGUGAUCGCGCAAUCCACGGCUGAGAUCUUAAAGGGGGGCCAUAAUGGCCCCCCC